UUUUGAUUUUGCCUAAACUGUAAUGGAUGUUGUCUAUUGCAGAUAUUAAGACAGCUGUAAAAAAUAAAGUUCCUCUUGUACGGUCAUCAACUCUUAACUGGGUAACAUUCUGUAUUGAAACAAGUAACAAGGCUGUUAUUUUAAAGGUGCACAAGGACUAUGUGCCUAUCCUUAUGGAGUGCCUCAAUGAUGGGACUCCAGAUGUGAGGGAUGCAGCCUUUUCAGCUUUGGCAGCGAUAGCUAAGUUGGUUGGUAUGAGACCCUUGGAGCGGUCACUUGAGAAACUUGAUGAUGUUAGAAGAAAGAAGCUUUCUGAAAUGAUUUCAGGUUCUGAAGGUGGCACAUCCACUAAUACAAGCUUAGUCCAAGCUUCUGGUGCAACCGUAUCCUCUCAUGAGGCAUUAGAUGCUUCAUUUGUUAAAAAGUCAGCAGCAAGCAUGCUUAGUGGGAAGAGGCCUAUUCAAGCAGCUGUGAGUUCUUGA